GAGCAUUUGCUGCGAGACAUAUCUGACGGAAAUUACCGAUUGGCUCCAAAGAGAGUGCGAGUCCAAACGAAAAAUUUUCAGAUUUUUAAUUAGUGAUUUGGAAUCAUUAUAUUUGAAGAUAUAUCCAGGAAUCAUACAGAAUCAUUUGAAUUAGCUGAAUGUUGAAACUACGUAUUUUGUCCUGUCGUUCGCUCAAACAGCCGUAGAAAAGCAACACACACUGGAGACUGCAGCAAGAAUGCAGUACCAGUAGAGACUGAGGGGGGGACGAAAUGAGAGUUAAUGUAAAGGACGGAUCUAGUGACUUGUAUUCCACACAAGGCAUUCACACAGCAUCAAAGACUGGAAAUUUGACCAUGUCGUCUGUGGACAAGAUGAAAAAAUUAUUAAGUCCUGGCACAAGAAAAAAAGGACUAGGGAAUAUGAACAAGACGUUUGGCGUGCCGCUUGAGGAACUAAUGAGCAGGGCCUCCUCGGGAAUGACGGUGCCGUACAUAGUCAGCAAAAUCUGUGAACACAUUCGAGAUAAAGGAUUUGAAGUGGAGGGAAUUUUCCGAAUUAAUGGCAGUACCAGAAUUGUGGAGAAGUACCGUACGAGUUUUGACAUGCGAGGGGAUGCAGACUUUUAUGAAGAGGAAGAUUUGAUGGCAGUGGCAAGCUUACUCAAGUUAUUUUUACGAGAAAUUCCAGGUUCUUUGAUUCCAGAGAAUAAGACUCAGAGGUUCAUAGCCAUUCAAGAAGAGUAUCAAAAUGACCCAUCUGGUUGUAUAUCUGCCCUGAAGGCAGAACUCUCGGAGCUAGACGAGGUACGAUAUAAUGUACUACGGUACCUGAUCCGUUUCCUGGUGGUCGUGUCACAGUUUGAACGCACCAACAAAAUGAGUCCAAUGUCUCUAGCUAUUGUGUUUGGACCAAACCUGUUCAGAUGUGGUCAGGGAAUCGUAGGAUUGAAAGACCAAGGGAAGAUAAAUCAGAUUGUGUAUAAAUUCAUCACACUGUAUGAUUCUCUGUUCAGAGAGGAAAAUGAAAUCUCUCCAUAUAAUGAAUGGAUUAAACAAAAACAGAAAGGCCCUCCUAGACCUCCCCCUCCCAAGCUCCAUGUAGAGGAGUACAAACCAGUCCCUAAACCAAGGAACACAGGAAGAAUGGACCCCUAUGACAGUUCCCCCUACCAAGAGAUGGAGGAAUUUGACCACAGCGAGGAAUCAUCUAGUAACACCCAGGGGCGGAGUCACAGUCCACGUUGUAGUGAUGAUGAAAUUGCAGGCAGGGCCUCACCAUUUAUGCUUGACAGUGACGGUGGAUACAGCAUCAUAGAAUCUCCAUUACCAUCAGCAAGAACGUCAGAAGUGGUAGAGAAUGUUAUAGCCAAGUCUAUAAAAGAGCACCUGUUUGGGGAUGACAUUAGUAUGUGUGAAACCUUUGUGGAGGAGGAAGAGAGCAAAGAAAAUUUGGAGAACACAAUACCAGUGAAAGACCGUAUUAAGCAGUUUGAGUGUGGGACAGACCUCGCUGAAACACAGAAAUCCUCCAAGUCUGUCAGGCAGUCUCCUACUGGACACGAAUCCAUGGACAACUCCCUGUCAAAGGGACAACAGAAUGUGAAGAUGAAUGGAUACAAACUUGAAGCAGAUAUAAUCAGUACAAAAGAAAAUGACAUCAGUGGUGUACACAGAGAGGAUGAUUUUGAGAGUGUGAAGAGAGAUUCUGGAACAUUAUCAUCGCUCCAGUUCAAGAAGCCUGCUGGUCCUAGAAAUCGCCGUUCUCCAAGUAGACUGUCUCGUGGAAACUCUUUAGAAGAGAAAGAUGACAUCAAGGAUGGAAACCACCAGUCCAGAAAUGAUAAUGCCUCUGCAGAAUUGGAGACUUCUUCACUUCCUGAAAGCAAACCAAGUCAGAAGGAGCCGGUACCCAAACCCCGUGUGGCCUUCCUAGAACUCACAAAUCACACAGAGAACAAAAGUUCACCUGAUGCCUCACCCAACAAUGCCAGGAAGCCAUUUAUUCCACCAUUAGAUCUGUCAACGCUUCAUGAACAUGUUGAAAGCUCGGAUCCAAUCCCAGCUGACAAGGGACAAUCUGUCUCGUACCAGUUAGCCAAGUCCCACAUCAACGGGGGAGGUACCUCGGACGUUGUCAUCUCUCCUCGGAGUAACAAACUCAUCAAAAGGAAAUCCAAUCAAGAUGAUCUAGAAGCUCCCCCAUCUCCCAGUGCCUAUCAGAGCAGCCCCCCGGCCAGUGUGCCAAUGAAUACUGAUGUAGCCCCGUCUCCACCUGUCAAUCAAGAUCAUUAUAAACACAGCUCAGCAAACAUGGAAACUGACAUCACAGCCAGGAUAAAGCAACAAAGCAAGAAACUACACGCUCUGAAGAAAAAACUGAAGCACUUUGAGGACAACUUUGAAAAGGAAAAUGGUUACAAGCCCUCACUAGCGGACAAAGCCAGCAAGCCCACCAUCAAGAAAUGGAUGAAUGACAUCUCAAAAGCAAAGAGAGAGAUAAAGAGAUUAAAGGAGGAGGCUGAGAUGGGAAACCGCAGUCGCCACGGCAGUGGAGCAUCCUCCAGUGGAGAGCGACUAGAGCCACCUGAACUCCCGCCUACAAUGGAACAAACACUGAAUGUCAUCCUGCUGAAACUGGACGAUAAACGACGGGAUGCUAGACGCCCUGAGGAUGUUGAUAUGAUGACCACAGACCAGAUUUUAGAUGAAAAGUUAGCAGUUCAGAAAUCCUUGCUUCAUUUUGAAAAUCUUCAUGGAAGACCAAAAACAAGGGAGGAGAAGGAUUUGAUGAGACCUUUGUAUGACCGAUACAGGAAAAUUAAAAGACUCUUGUCUAAACCUAAUUCCCCAAGAGAGAAGAAUGAGUUACAAACAGUGCCAGAGGACGGACCAAUAGAAUUAGAGGGAGGCUUCCAAAACCCAUAUAGACCCUCAGUGCGGAUUCCCACGGCUCAUUAUGAUGACCUUGAGGAUGGCCUUGGUUCUGGUUUGGGGACAAUGGGGACUAUGGACUUUGCUGUCACUAGAGACUUUUCUGUCCUCCCUGAUUCGAUGCGGCCAAUAUCAAAGGAGGCUACCAGGAAGGAACAUUCUCCUAAAGUGAAGAGGAAACUGAGCCUGCCAGAAGAAGAGGAGGAGGGCAAUCAGAACCAGGAGACAAAUCUUCAUGAAAUGUCAAUACCAGAGCUUCAGGAUGAGUUGAUGAAGUCUAAGGGAGAGAAGAAAAGAAUACGCAGGACCUUAAGGAACUUUGAAGAAGAUUUCUUUCAAAAAAAUGGAAGGAAGGUACAGCGAGAUGAUAGAGAACCAUUGCAGACAGAGUACACAAGCUACAAGCAAGUGAAAGCCAAAUUAAAACUGCUGGAGGCAUUGUUAUCAAAGCUACAAAACACCGAUGAAGUCUGACUGCUUUAUCAAUGAGUGGCUUGUGUAUUUUGUGUCAGUGGAUGAUCCCAGUGUUCAUAGAAACAUUGUCAGGGAAAGAUGUCAAGUUCAUCUCAGAAAACUGUAUCUAGUCAAACACUGCAAUGACCAAGAAAUCAUGCGUUAGGGUCUGUGAAGAUAUCUGACAGAAAGAGUGCCGUAGCUUUGAGUUGCUGUAUUGUUGCUUUGGUUAUGUUA